UGACGCUCUCGCCUCACACACAAACGUGCGGUAUGCGAGCAGACUUUGAGAGAAACCAGCUGAUUUGUGAUAGGCCGGAUUGUUCCGAAGAGACUCAUCCGGACGACGCGAUGGUUCUCCCGCUAACAGAUAUACUAUUCAGGUCCUGAACGAAAGCUGAGGCUCACAUGCAUCCGGGCACCUCCACAUUUCUUGGGCUUAGGGGGAACGAUUCAAAUUGAAGAUAUAUCAGCUAAUACAAGAGCAAGGGUCUGAAGAACCAAAUCCUUGGAGAUGUCACGGAGCAAGGGCCGGUCUCAGGGUACGCCCACCCUUGCUUCUCCCAGCGCGGCUGUGGGCGAAGGCGAGUGUACCGCUCUGCCUACACCUCCGGACGGCAGCUGGGGAUGGGUUGUUGUCUUCUCGUCUUUCAUGACCCACGUGGUCGCCGAUGGGGUGACCUACACCUUCGGAAUCUUCUACAUGGAGUUCCUCAAGUAUUUCCACGAGAGCAAGGGAAAGACUGCCUGGGUGGCCUCCAUAAUGGUCGGCACAACAUUCUGCAUCGGCCCAGUAGCGAGUGGAUUGACGAGCAAGUACGGCUGCAGAACAGUGACUAUAGCAGGCUCUCUACUCGCAACUCUGGGACUGCUCCUCAGCGUUCCUGCACCUAACGUCACCUACCUCUUCUUCUCUGUCGGCAUCUGCACAGGGGCAGGCUUUGGCCUGAUGUAUCUCCCAGCCAUCGUGUCAGUGACCAUGUACUUCGAGAAGAAACGCGCAUUCGCCACGGGCAUCGCUGUCUGCGGCUCGGGCUUUGGCACUUUCGCCUUAGCGCCCUUCAUCGAAUACCUAGUGCGCAUAUACGGCUGGCAAGGGGCCUUGCUCAUCACAGCCGGCAUGGUGCUCAACUGCUGCGUCUUCGGGGCCCUAUUACGACCUUUGCCACCGCCUAAAGUUCACAGGCCAAAGUCUAGCCAGUCCAGUUUUCCAACCAAGGAAAUCAACGGGAACGCUCUGGUCGCCACGGACAACUUUGGGUACGCUCGUCACGGACUGAGUUCCUGUUCAGCAUCUCGCGACCUGUCCAUGUCUACGGGAACCAUCCCAGCGGCGGUAACUGGACACUCCGAUGAACCGUACGACUUGUACCAGGGCUACCAAAAUGGCUUCGUACAGGAAGGCCGCAGGAGACCACAAUCUGCAUAUCUCAGCCCUGCUCAAGUACCCCUGCUUCGAGUGGAUGACGAGAAGACUUCCAUGUCAUGCGCGCACCUUCCAGUUACUUCUCCACCAAUGAGCCCUAGCUCUGUUCCAUUUGGAAGUUCUGGUACGAGUUCCAGCCAUGGACGUUCCCUCCUCAUGCGCAAAGACAUCUUCUACAGUGGCAGCAUGCAGAACUUGCCAGAAUACCGGGCCUCACCGAGUGGGCUCUCCAGGGACGUGUCCAUGAGCGUCACGUCCCUGCGCACCGUAAAGUCUGUCACUGUACCGACCGGUGAAGAGAAAAGCUGCCUACGGAGGUGCUUGUGUUCAGACGAAAUGGAAGCAGCCGUACGUGAGAUGAUGAACUUUGCCCUGCUGCGUUCUCCUGUUUUCGUGCUGUUCGCCGUGUCAAACUUCUUCACCAGUGUGGGGUUCAACGUCCCGUACGUCUACACCAAGGACCGAGCCGUGGAAGCGUUGCACAUGACAGACGAAACGGCUAGCCUUCUACUUUCCUGCAUCGGCUUCUCCAAUACUGUUGGCAGGGUACUGUUGGGGUACCUCAGCGAUAAGCCGUGCAUCAAUAGGCUCUGGCUCUACAAUGCGAACCUGACUAUAUGCGGUCUGGCGACGGCCUUCAGCUACCUGGCAGAGGACACGACGUCCAUGUCCAUUUACUGCGUUAUCUUCGGUGCUACGUCGGGAGCGUUUGUAAGCCUGACGUCGGUGAUCCUGGUAGACAUCCUGGGUUUGGACAAGCUCACCAACGCGUUCGGUCUCUUGCUGCUGUUCGAAGGCUUUGCUAGCUACGUUGGACCACCCGUUACAGGUUGGCUCUACGAUUACACUGGCUCCUACGAUCCCGGCUUCUUGCUUUCGGGCGCCGUCAUCGCGCUAGGUGGAGUCUUGCUCUUCGUCAUACCUUGUGCCAAAAGCUUAGAGGAAUCUCUCGUGGCACCCGCUAGCCCCAUCGCAUCUGCCAUCACCACAGCUACAAAGAGCACCAAGAGCAGCACCACCACUGCCACUGUCUGCGACGGCGAAGCGCAGCGCGAGGAGGAGGAGGAGGAGCCGAACGGCCAUACCGUUCCGUUCCGUCCCACAGACCACAUAGCUUAGUAGGCUACCUAACUAUGCUCCAUCUUCAUUCCUUCGUCGUGUGUAUUUUGUGCAUCCAUCAAACUUCCUGUGCAAGAAGUGAAGCAAUGGCACGACGAGCAUGCUAGUCAAGUGUCGCGGCCAAAGUCCACCUGGUACCAGUCGCUAUCAACCGUCUUUCAUGUAACAUCUUGCAUGGGAUAGGUCAUGAGGGGAUUGUUUCGAGAGGUGGGUUCACCUCGUGUCCCUUGCUUCUCUUCAGCGAAGGGCUAAUGCUCACAUGGUCCUCAUAAUUUUAGUGGGCAGGCAAUGCUCACUUUAUACAUUGCUAUAUAUAUAUAUAUCUAUAUAAAGUUAAUUGAACUUUGUAAGUUCGCCCCCUAUUUUUUCUAUGAUAGUCCGCGAUAGUUGGUACCCUACCCAUGAUCUCUUACGUGUUAAGCAAUGUGGGCCCAGAACAAGCACUCAUUGUGAUAACGUGUCUGAUGCAUUGUUCACUGGAGCCUCAAGUGACCUUAGGGUGCCGUAUAAUGUAGUUCGCAGUCAUGGUAUGGACAUUAUGGAUAAUAUAGCGGCUCUUAUGCAGUGGCCUCGCCUGUGUGAAGAUGUGUAUUUUGAAGUUUGUGUAGUCAGGAAAAACGAGAAAGAUGUGCACAGGGGAGGUUCUACUGCAUCUGGCCAGUGUUUUGCAUUGAAACAUCUUCGGUAGCAAAACGUCGUUCUGCUCUAACUUCCCUAAGGGACGUCACCUGCCUUCCUCAAUGUUCGACGCUUGAAUUUCGGGCGUCGUGUCAUUAAAAAAUAUCGAGAAAA